ACUCAGUCAUUUCACCACACACAACCUCUGCAGUCCAACAUGGCCACCGACCACCAGACCCCUGCAUCGAAACAGCAACAGCCGGCAGCCGGCGCCUUCAAGCUGGUCAUCUAUGAGCAGGAGAACUUCCAGGGCCGUUGCCAUGAACUGACCGGACCUUGCAACAACGUGCAGGAGGCAGGAGUGGAAAGAGUGGGCUCCAUACUGGUGCACUCGGGACCGUGGGUGGGAUACGAGCAGGCGAGCUGCAAGGGCGAACAGUUUGUGUUUGAGAAGGGAGAGUACCCCCGCUGGGACUCCUGGACCAACAGCCGCCGCAGCGACAGCCUCAUGGCCUUCCGCCCCAUCAAAGUGGACAGCCAGGAGCACAAGAUCGUCCUGUACGAGAGCCCAAGCUUUGCCGGGAAGAAGAUUGAAAUCGUAGACGAUGACGUUCCCAGCUUCCAUGCUCAUGGGUACCAGGAGAAGGUCUCCUCCGUGCGGGUGCAAAGCGGCACGUGGGUGGGCUACCAGUACCCCGGGUACCGCGGCUACCAGUACCUUUUCGAGAAGGGGGAGUACAAGGACAACGCUGAGUUCGGCGCCCAGCUCCCGCAGAUCCAGUCCGUUCGGCGCAUCCGCGACAUGCAGUGGCAUCAGAGGGGAGCAUUUCAUGUCACCAACUGAAACAGCAGCUCCGCACCCCGAGCCUAAAACCUUUACCUCUUUCUCCUGACGACCCCCGUCAUUCAUUCCCAUCUGCAAACGCCCCCCCCUCUCACCACCCCCCCGGCUCUCAGCGGGGAGUUAACGCCCAUUGUGCCAGUACCACUGAAAGGAAAUGGCUAAUAAAUU